CGCUCGUGUGUGUGUUGCAGCCGCCCUAAACAAAGUUUCUGCUGCCUACUUGUGAACCUAAACAACUUCAUAACUGAUGUGCAUCGCGGCGACAAGUGUUAUAACCUUCGUUUUGAAUUAAUCGGAUUCGCAAACUCGCUGUGGUAGAGUUCACCGGCUCGUUGCGCGCACAGGAAACGAUGAAAAGCACGGGGUCGGGGUUUUUGUCUCCGGUCGUUAGCCUGCUUGCUGGCACCCUCAUUGGAUUCGUGAUCACUAGUCAGAUUUUACUGUGGCUCAACAGCGAGAACUUCUGUGACUCAGUCGCCUUCAGGCGAACGCAAGCGACACCGAAGUCUCGCCUCCUGUUUGUCGGCGUUAUGACGGCGGAGAAGUAUCUGUCUACACGAGCUCUCGCUAUCCAGCGAACUUGGGGCAAAGCCUUGAGCGGAAGGCUGGCGUUCUUCUCGAGCGGUACGUCCCAGUUGGGAGGCGAGGAAAAGCUACCGCUGGUCGCCCUCCGCGGCGUUGAUGAUUCCUACCCGCCGCAGAAGAAGUCAUUUCUAAUGCUCAAGUACAUGCACGAUCACUACAUCGACCAGUACGAAUGGUUCAUGCGCUGCGACGACGACGUUUACGUGCACGUCGAAAGACUGGAGCGCUUCCUACGCUCAGUUAACUCAAGCAAGCCACAGUACAUCGGGCAAGCUGGACUUGGAAACAAAGAAGAAUUUGGCCAGCUGAGCCUUGAGCCCGAUGAGAACUUUUGCAUGGGUGGCCCUGGUGUACUUUUUAGCAGGGAGACGCUUGGCGUCCUUGUUCCACACAUCUCAACCUGCCUGAAGCACCUUUAUUCGACACAUGAGGACGUUGAAGUUGGACGUUGUGUGAGACGGCACGUUGGCAUUCCUUGCACUUGGUCUUACGAGAUGCAAACAAUAUUUUAUCACAACUUCUUUGGUGAGGUGGCUCUGAAAGGCCGUGUGCGGCGACGCGAGGUGCACCGGUCACUAACGCUGCACCCAAUCAAGGAUCCUCGAGAAAUGUAUAAGGUGCAUGCAUACUUUGGUGGAUUUCGUGCGCAAGAAUUGAGACAUCGAUCACUUCAGCUUCUCAGGGAGAUUCGCUGGGCUGCUCAAAGCUAUGGUGGAUGUGUAUCGCCAAGCCAAGCUGCAUCACCAUGGUGUAAGGGUAUUGUCAAUGGAUCUUCAGCUCUCUCUGAGAUGCCUUCUGUCACGAAGUAUUUUCCGGGAGAAAUUCAAGAUCUCCUAACAUGGGACUUCUUUGCAAAGAGCCUCUACUCAGAUCAAGUGACGAACCCGCGUCGGCGCAUCGAGUCGUACUACGAGAUCAGCAUCAACAACGUUAUCAGCGACCUGAUGGAACUCACGAACCGCUACUCCAAGCAGCGUGGUCGCGUAAUCGAGUUCAAGGACGUGCUGUACGGCUACCUGCGAGUAGACCCGCUUCACGGUGCCGACUACGUGCUCGACCUGCUGCUCACGUACCGCAAGUACCGAGGCCGCAAGAUGACUUUGCCCGUGCGCCGUCACGCCUACGUACAGCAACCCUUCACCCAGCUGCGAAUCCGUGACGUGACUCCUUCCGCCGAGGAUUCGCGACGGCAGAGCCGCAUCCGCUUUGUGCUACCACUCUGUGGCCGCCGAGCCGCGUUCGAGCGCUUCCUACGCAUCUUCCGCGACGUGUGCCUGGACGCUGACGAAGCGUGUAGCCUGCUCGUGGUGCAGUACAGGGACACAGCGGCCGAGGCCGAUGACCUAGAAGGCACGGUCACCGCAGAGAAGGUGCUCGGUGCCGACUACGACAAGUCGCGGGUCGAGUUCCUGCCAGGCGGCAAUGGCGGAGAGUUCUCUCGGGCUGCGGCGCUCGAGCUGGGCGCGUCGCGCUUCAAGGACGACGAACUGCUGUUCUUCAUCGACGUGGACAUGACGUUCGACGCCGGCGUGCUGCGCAGGGUUCGGACCCACACGGCACGGCGCCGCAGUGCCUACUUCCCCAUCGUGUUCAGCCAGUACGACCCAGCCUUCACGGGCGUUUCGCCGCAAGACCCUCCUCGAGUGGCCCCCGAGGAAGGCUACUGGCGCCAGUUUGGCUUCGGCAUCGCCGCUAUCUACAAGUCGGACCUGGCGGCCGUCGGCGGUCUCGACGUCAGCAUCCGGGGCUGGGGCAAGGAGGAUGUUGACCUGUUCGACCGCGUCGUGGCUUCCAACCUGACCGUGGUGCGUGCUCCGGACCCUGGCCUUGUACACGUCUUCCACCCUGUGCGCUGUAGCCCUGACUUGGCCUCUGCUCAGUUCGACAUGUGCCUAGGAACCAAGUGGAACAGCGUUGCCUCCGAGCGCACCUUGGCCGCUAUCAUUGCCCAGCGGCAUCACGAGCUGCUCACGCGCAACUUCAGGCGUUGAGGAGUAGAGAGCAGGUUGGCGCGUACUCUGGCUAUAGGGCGAUGAAUAUUUGUCACGUCUAUGCAAUACCAAGCCCGGCUUAUGUGUAAUAUAGGCAUUUGUUUGGCAAAUGGCACAUCGCCGAUGCAUUUAGUACUGUGACGUAUGUACUUUGGUUGUACUCAAAGCCUGGGGCAUAGCCUCAUUUUUGUGUGCGGGGGGAGGAAGCGGUGCCUGACUCCCCUUCCCCACCCCUUUUCUGUAUCAUAUUGUGGCAACGUGUCGCAAGAACAGGACACAAUGCUUCGUUUCUACGAGAACAGCAAGGCUCUAUUCGCACACAGGAACAAAAUGCAAGAGCAGACGCCCGAAGUCGUCUUCCUUGAAAAACGCUGGGGAUUGCCACUUCUGAGGCUGGCUUCUUCCUCCUCUGUUGUGCUUACGGCUAAUAAUCGUGACAAUAUGUUUGUGCGUGUGUUAGUAGGAGUGCGCAGUAUGUAUGCGCACAUAAAAUGUAAGACUUUUGGUUGGAGGGAAGGGUGGGGGGGUUACGGCACUGAUCUAUGCCGUUUCUGCAUAGUUCCCGCCGAAUGUAUUACAUCAGUGCUGUCUUUUCUGGUUAGAAUUGUUGCCUGAAAACUCACCUGUUUUUUCUGGAUGUAUCUCGGGUUUGGCCUGAUAUUUUUGUUAUGAAUGCGGGCACGACCAUAAGUUUUUCGCAGAUGUACCCUACACCACGCGAAAAAAAAAAUGUAAAAGGCAAACGCGGGAGGGCCUGUCGCAUUGUUGCCAUUAUGUGCAAGGUAUCUAGGCUAAGUCGGAUUCAGACUCGAGCAAUGGUAUAGAACUAACGCAGCUUUAGACCGAAACGCAUCGAGGAGCGCGCGUUAGGCAAAAGUUCCUGAAACACGUCUCUCAUAAUUAUUGGUUUUUUUUUUAAGCCUGUUUCAGUUGCAAUACAGCGGUGUGAUGAGGCAAAGCACAAUAAGAGUGGAAAGGGGCAUGUGAACGAAGCGUUAGAUCGGUGCUUCCGCCGACUCCCGGGUGCUACUUGCCUGGCGCAUUGUUUUAUUGCGAUAGCAAUUAUAUGUACAGUCUCGGCUGGUUUUUUUUGCCAUCGCCGCCGCCGCCGCCGUCAUUCACGUAUAUGUAUACCUAUAUGAUGCUGCUAGCCUUCUCUUUUUGUGGAGCCAACAUCGCCUUUCCGGCCGGGAUCGUCUGCGCGCGCGCUUAUCUCGUGAGCGAGCAAGGGCGGGGGGCGCUUAUGGUUUGCAGCGCUAUCGCGGCAACGAUCAGUGCGUGGCCUGUGCCACCACAGUGGGUGGGAGUUUCUACGGGCUGUGCUCUCAACACGCGCGCGCGCGCGCACGCACGCGCACCACACACACACACACACACACACACACACACACACACACACACACACACACACACACACGCAAAACGGUGCCAAAAGUGUACCUCGAGCGGCCGUGUUCUCUUACAUCAGCGUUUUUUAGAGUUACGUGAGAUGGAAUCUAAAUGAGUAGACUGCCAGCCCACUUCGAUAGAUUGAUUUACAUGUGGAGAUGAACGUCCCAAAA